UUCAGCUAUUCACCUGAGCCACCAUUGUGACACUGGGUGGAUACAUGGUGUAACUGACUUGUGGUGAACAACGUUUCCUGACUGAUGCUUGCCACAGAUCUGCCUGUGACCCCUAAAUGCACCACAUGUAGUGUUUAAGGGCAAAGGGCUGCUCAGUUGGCGACGACAUGUUUCAGGAUCAUCUCCGAUGUCACACGCUCAGAAGAUGGAGGGCGCGCCAGCAGAGGCAGUGCGUGCGCAGACUCACUCCACAGCCAGUGUCACGGGAGGCGAGACUGCGCCCGAGCAGAUCGACUCCAUACCCAGUGUCACGGCAGCUGAGGCGGUGCCUGUGCAGACUCACUCCAUCCCCGGUCUGAAAGCAGCCGAGGCCGUGCGUGCUCUGACUCGCUCCGUGCCUGGUCUCACAGAUGCUGGCGCCAUUAACCUCUUAAAGGGUCACUUACAGCUGAUGGCUAUACAGCACAGCUUGGCACUCACGGAAGACAAGGCAAGGGAGCUUUCUCAAAUGAACAGCCGGAUGAUCCAGAUGGCAGAUGACGGGAUGGUGGAAGAGGUGGAGAGGCUGCUGAUGUUAGGGGCGAACGUGGAGGCGAAGGAAGAGAGGUAUGGCUGGACAGCCCUUCACCCUGCAUCAAUCGACGGACACUUGGGCGUGGUGCAGUGUCUGCUGAGGUACGGAGCGGAUGUGGGCGCGAGAGACAGCGAAGGGCGGACGCCACUGCACUGGGCCGCGAGGUACGGACAAUUGGAGGUGCUGGAGUAUCUGCUGGAGAACGGGGGGGAUGUGCAGGCGAAGGACGUCGAAGGCCAGACGCCGGUACACUGGGCAGUUUGGGGGCGCUGGAGGUCCUGCUGGAGAGUGUGGUAGGCGCCGAGGACAACAAUGACGACACCCCUCUCCACUUGGCCGCAACCUGGGGCUACACAGAAGCGGCGCUGCUACUGGUGAGGUUCGGUGCUGACCUGGGUGCCGAAGGCCAGGAGGGGCUGACGCCGCAGCAGAGGGCCGAACGCUGGGGCCACGAAGGCACGGCAGCUGCACUGCUGGCAGCAGCCUCCCAGACUGGAGUCCAGCAAAUGUCUGUGGACUAAAAUUCAAAUAGUUUCACUACACAUUUUUUCUUUUCUGGAAUAAAGCAUACUAAAAAGUUA